AUACUCCUUUAAUCUACUCACCAUGGCCUCUCUAAAGAAUAUUGCAAUCAUUGGGGCUAGCGGAAGCAUUGGCAAGAUUAUUCUCGACGCCCUCAUUAAGGCUCCGCAAUUCAAUGUCACCGUCCUAUCCCGCGCAUCUAGCGAAACUACUUUCCCAACUGGCGUGAGCGUUCGCAAGUCUGAUUUUUCGGACUCUGACCUUGUGUCUGCGUUGAAAGGUCAGGAUGCAGUCAUUUCUGUUGUGGGCCCGACUGGCUUUGCAGAGCAGAAGAAGUUCAUUGAUGCUGCUAUCUCUGCCGGUGUGAAGAGAUUCUUGCCAUCCGAAUAUUCUGCGAAUACUCUUAGUCCUGCUGUGCUACAACUCCUCCCACUUUUCAAUCAGAAGAAGGAGACCCUAGAGUAUUUGAAGACGAAGGAGAGUUCCGGUUUCUCAUGGACUGCGAUUUACACUGCUUUGCUGUUCGAUUGGGGUCUAGGAAACGGCUUUCUCGGAUUUGACGUCUCUGCACAUACAGCCACAAUCUGGGACGAUGGUAGCAAGGUCUUCACCUUGACCAAUGCAGACCAACUCGGACGUGCUGUGGUAUCUGUGCUCGAGCACCCAGAAAAAACAGCUAAUAAGAACCUCUACGUUGCCUCGGCUGAGACUUCGCAGAAGGAGAUCCUUGCAGCCCUAGAGAAGGCCACUGGUUCCAAAUUCGCUGUAACCAAUACUACGACUGAGAAGGAACUCAGCGAAGCAGGUGAAAAGCUUAGUAAAGGGGACUUUAGCGGUGCUUUAAUACUUGUACGAGCCACAAGCUUUGGCAGUACACCUGGCAUUCGCGCAAACUAUGCGAAGGAGGAGGAGUUGGCGAAUGAUUUGUUGGGAUUGAAGCUUGAAAGUGUUGACGAAACUGUUGCGCGGGUUGUCAAAGGCUCAUCCUAA